GUGUGUGUGUGUGUGUGUGUGUGUGUGUGUGUGUGUGUGGUGGGGGGGGUUUGAAUUGUGGGAUAACAACAGUCGGAGGUUUCGUCUCGUGCAGCAGCUGAAGAGCGUCAGUGCAGCGGAGGAGCGACACGAGAGUGAGCAGCAGCUGAGAAUCAUUGAGGCAGAGCGACGGCAGAGCGACGGCUGGUGGAAAUGUCCGUCUUGACGCAACUGGGUCUGCUGCUGUGGAAGAACUUUCAGUACAGACGACGACAGACGCUUCAGCUCCUGGUGGAGAUCGUCUGGCCGCUCUUCAUCUUCUUCAUCCUCAUCGCUGUGAGGCUCAACUACCCGCCGUAUGAACAACAUGAGUGUCAUUUCCCCAACAAGGCGAUGCCGUCGGCCGGCACGCUGCCCUGGCUCCAGGGAAUCCUCUGCAACGCCAACAACCCGUGUUUCAGACAAGUGACGCCGGGCGAGUCCCCGGGAGUCGUCGGGAACUUCAACGACUCCAUAAUUUCUCGUCUUUUCUCCGACGCCAAGAAGAUUCUUCUGUACAGUCAAAAUGACCAGAACCUGGACGGGUUCAAGGAGCUCGCCCGAGCUCUGCGGACGCUGCAGGUCAGCCGACCAGGCUUCAAGCUGAAACAUUUCCUGCGAGACAACGAGACUCUGUCGAGUUUCCUGCGGAGUAACGUCUCCUUCCCUGAAGACCACAUCCAACAGAUCAGAGACGCCGACGUGGACCUGGAGACAGUCCUCCUUAGAGGUUUUGGAGUCCACCUGAGGGACAUGUGUCUCAGGAAUGGGGGCAAGCGGAGUGUGGAGGACUUUGUGACGAUCUCGGACCCUCGUGUGUCGAUACUGGUCCAGGAAGUCAUCUGUCAGGCGCCACCAGCCUGGCUGGACCUCGCUGAGGACCACUUCCUAAACAACCUGGACUUCCUCAAACCCAUCCAGAGGGACGUGAGGUCUGACCCCGAGGCCGUCAGACAAGUGUCCCGGGCGACCAACAACCUCCUGGACAGUCUGGGUUCUCUGGCGGUGGAGCUGGCCAGUAUGAAGAGCUGGAUCGAUCUGAGGAACGAGAUCAUCUUCCUGACACAGAACGCCACGUCCUCGCCCAGCACCAUGUACCAGGCGGUCUCCAGGAUCGUGUGUGGUCACCCUGAAGGCGGCGGCCUGCAGAUCAAAUCCCUCAACUGGUACGAAGACAGCAACUACAAGGCUCUGUUUGGAAACAACAACAGCAGCGAGGAUGAGCCAACAUCGCUGUACGACAACUCCUCCACUCCGUACUGUAACAGUCUGGUGAAGAACAUGGACUCGAACCCGAUGUCCAGGAUGAUCUGGCAGGCUCUGAAGCCACUGCUGAUGGGAAAGAUCCUGUACACCCCCCACACCCCCGCCACGCAGAAGGUCAUCCACGAGGUGAACCGGACCUUCCAGGAGCUGGGUGUGUUCAGGGACCUUGGAGGAAUGUGGGAGGAGAUGAGACCUAAAGUCUGGAGCUUCAUGGAGAGCAGUCAACACAUGGACCUGAUCAGGACUCUGCUGAAGAACAACGUCACCGCAAGAUUAUUCCACGCUCAACUGGACCAGACUGACUGGACCGUGUCCGACGUGUCAAACUUCCUGUCCAAGAAGGCGGAAGACCCCCAGCCAGCAGGCAGCGCCCUCACCUGGAGGGAGGUGUUCAACGAGACAGACCAGGCCAUCAUGAGCAUCUCCCGCUUCAUGGAGUGUGUGAACCUAGACAAACUGGAGCCCGUCUCCACGGAGGAGCAACUGGUGGACCAGUCCAUGUUGCUGCUGGAGGACAGGAGGUUCUGGGCAGGAAUCGUUUUCCCGGAUAUCGACCCCAAUGCCACAGAGCUGCCGCCAAAACUCAACUACAAGAUCCGCAUGGACAUCGACAACGUGGAGAGGACCAAUAAGAUCAGAGACGCGUACUGGGACCCAGGUCCUCGUGCAGACCCGUUUGAGGACAUGCGGUAUAUCUGGGGAGGGUUUUCGUACCUGCAGGACGUUAUUGAGCAAGGCAUCAUUCGAGCAGUGACGGGCACCAAGGAGAAGACGGGAGUUUACAUCCAGCAGAUGCCGUAUCCCUGCUACGUCGACGACAUUUUCCUGCGGGUGAUGAGUCGCUCCAUGCCACUCUUCAUGACGUUGGCGUGGAUGUACUCGGUGGCGAUCAUUCUGAAGAGUGUGGUGUAUGAGAAGGAGGCGAGGCUGAAGGAGACCAUGAGGAUCAUGGGACUGGAUAACGGGAUCCUGUGGUUAAGCUGGUUCAUCAGCAGCCUGAUUCCUCUGCUGAUCAGCGCCGGACUGUUGGUGCUUCUGCUCAAGAAGGGGAACCUGCUGCCCUACAGCGACCCUGGCGUGGUCUUCCUCUUCCUUGGAUCAUUUGCCGUGGUGACCAUCAUGCAGUGUUUCCUCAUCAGCACGGCGUUCGCCCGAGCUAACCUGGCGGCGGCCUGCGGAGGAAUCAUCUACUUCACCCUGUACCUACCCUACGUCCUGUGUGUAGCCUGGCAGGACUACAUCGGCUUUGGAGCCAAAGUCUUUGCUAGCCUCCUGUCCCCGGUGGCUUUCGGGUUUGGCUGCGAGUACUUUGCUCUGUUUGAGGAGCAGGGAGUCGGGAUCCAGUGGAACAACCUGUUCUCCAGUCCUCUGGAGGAGGACGACUUCAGCCUGCGCACCGCAAUCCUCAUCAUGUACUUUGACUCCUUCCUCUACGGAGUCCUCACCUGGUACAUCGAGGCCGUGUUCCCAGGUCAGUACGGGAUUCCUCGGCCCUGGUUCUUCCCUUUCAUCAAGUCUUACUGGUUGGGAGAAAAGGAUGGAAAGUCCAGCAGUGUCCCUCUGAGCCAGAAAGGAAACCCAGGAGUGGUGUGCGUGGAGGAGGAGCCUGCUCACCUGAAGCCAGGUGUCUUCAUUGAGAACCUGGUGAAGGUUUAUCGUCACGGUAAGAAACUGGCAGUGGACGGACUGACGCUCGGCUUCUACGAGGGACAAAUCACUUCCUUCCUAGGACACAACGGAGCUGGAAAAACUACCACCAUGUCCAUCCUGACUGGUCUGUUCCCUCCCACCUCUGGUACGGCCUACAUCCUGGGCAGAGACAUCCGGACCGAGCUGAGCGCCAUCAGACAAAGUCUUGGAGUUUGUCCGCAACACAACGUCCUCUUCAGCAUGCUGACGGUGGAGGAGCACAUCUGGUUCUAUUCCCGGCUCAAAGGCCUGUCGGAGCAGCAGGUGAAAGGUGAGAUCGAGCAGAUCCUGCAGGACACCGGGCUUCAUCAUAAACGCACCUCCAGAACCAGCACCCUGUCCGGAGGCAUGCAGAGGAAACUGUCUGUGGCUCUGGCCUUUGUCGGAGGGUCGAAGGUCGUGAUUCUGGAUGAACCUACGGCCGGCGUCGACCCCUAUGCCCGCAGAGGGAUUUGGGAUCUCCUGCUGAAGUACAGACAAGGACGCACCAUCAUCCUGUCCACGCACCACAUGGACGAGGCCGACAUCCUGGGUGACAGAAUCGCCAUCAUCUCCCACGGGAAGUUGUGCUGUGUGGGAUCGUCUCUGUACCUGAAGAACCAGCUGGGGACCGGCUACUACCUGACGCUAGUGAAGAAAGAACCAGAGCCAUCGCUGAGCUCCUGCAGGAACUCAUCCAGCACAGUGUCCUUAACCAAGAAGGAGGAGGAGUGUGCGUCCGUCAGCAGCAGUGAUGCAGGACUCGGCAGCGAGAAUGAAAGUGAGGCUGCGACCAUCGAUACCGGCCCCGCGGCGUCAAUCUGUGACGUUCCCUUUGUCCCGCCCGAUGUGUCUGUGGUCUCGAGUCUGAUCCUGCAUCAUGUCCCCGCCGCCCGCCUCGUUGAGGACCUGGGACACGAGCUGACCUACGUCCUGCCGUACAACGCCGCCAAGGACGGAGCCUUCGUGGAGCUGUUCAAAAACCUGGACGUGAAGUUGGCCGAACUCGGCAUCUCCAGCUACGGCAUCUCUGACACGACACUGGAGGAGAUUUUCCUGAAAGUGGCCGAAGAUAAUGGAGUUGACACCGAAGUGCCGUCAGACGGAACACUUCCUGUUCGGAGGAGGAGGAGGACACAUGCCUUCGGAGGAGGAGACCACCAGAGCUGCCUGAGACCAUCGACAGAGGACGACAGCAACGACUCCGAUGUAGACCCUGAGAGCAGGGAGACGGACUGGUUGAGCUGUUCUGAAGGUAAAGGCUCGUUUCAGGUGAGGGGGUGGAGCCUGAAGAGGCAGCAGUUUGUGGCUCUGUUGUGGAAACGGUUCCUGAACGCUCGCCGCUCCAGGAAGGGCUUCUUCGCUCAGAUCGUUCUUCCCGCCGUCUUCGUGUGCAUCGCUCUCGUCUUCAGUCUCAUCGUCCCUCCCUUUGGAAAAUAUCCCAGUUUGGAGCUGCAGCCCUGGAUGUAUGAGGACCAGGUCACCUUCAUCAGUGACGAUGCUCCCAGAGACGCCAACAUGCAGGACUUAUUAAACGCUCUGCUGGACGCUCCAGGCUUCGGGACUCGCUGCAUGGACGGACAUCCUAUUCAAGAAGCACCAUGUACGAUGGGCGACGAGGACUGGCACACCCCCGAAGCCCCUGAGAGCGUCCAGCAGCUGUUCAGCUCCAGGAACUGGAGCAUGGAGGAUCCGUCUCCAGCGUGUGUCUGCAGCUGUGACGGCAGAAAGAAGAUGCUUCCCGACUGUCCCGCAGGAGCUGGAGGUCUGCCCCCACCUGAGAUGAAGCUGAGUGCCACCGACACCUUGCAGAACUUGACGGGACGAAACAUCUCCGACUACCUGGUGAAAACCUACGCACAGAUCAUCGGCAAGAGCUUGAAGAACAAAGUGUGGGUGAACGAGUUCAGGUACGGAGGCUUCUCAUUGGGUGCCAGGAGCACUCAGGUUCUCCCCCCGGCCAAUGAGAUCGAUGACGCCAUUGAACGAGUCAGAAAGAUCUUUGAGUUACAGAAGGGAGCGGCUGCCGAUCGGUUCCUCGACAGUUUGUCAGGUUUCAUCAACGGUUUGGACACAAAGAACAACGUCAAGAUCUGGUUUAAUAACAAAGGCUGGCACAGCAUUGGAGCUUUCAUCAACGUGAUGAAUAACGGAAUCCUGAGAGCAAACCUGCCCCGAGGUCACGACCCCAGCAAGUUUGGGAUCAGGGCGUUUAACCAUCCUCUGAACCUGACCAAGGAGCAGCUGUCGCAGGUCGCACUGGUGACGACCUCUGUGGACGUCCUGGUGUCCAUCUGUGUGAUCUUUGCCAUGUCCUUCGUCCCGGCCAGCUUCGUGGUCUUCCUCAUCCAGGAGAGAGUCAACAAAGCUAAACACAUGCAGUUCAUCAGCGGAGUGCAGCCGCUGCUCUACUGGGUGGCCAACUUCACGUGGGACAUGUGUAACUACGUUGUACCAGCGACACUCGUCAUCCUCAUCUUCAUCUGUUUCCAACAAAAAGCCUACGUGUCGGCCACCAACCUGCCGGCCCUGGCUCUGCUGCUGCUUCUCUACGGCUGGUCAAUCACUCCGCUCAUGUACCCCGCCUCCUUCUUCUUCACCAUCCCGAGCACCGCGUACGUCGUCCUCACCAGCGUCAACAUCCUCAUCGGCAUCAACGGCAGCAUCUCCACCUUCGUCAUGGAGCUGUUUGGAAACAACGAGAUCGGAGGAAUCAACGACAUCCUGAAGAACGUCCUCCUCAUCUUCCCGCACUUCUGUCUCGGUCGAGGACUCAUCGACAUGGUGAAGAAUCAGGCCAUGUCCGACGCCCUGGAGAGAUUUGGUGAGAACAAGUUGCGCUCUCCUCUCGAGUGGGACAUGGUCGGAAAGAACCUCUUUGCCAUGGCGGUGGAGGGAGCGGUCUUCUUCAUCAUCACCGUCCUGAUCCAGUACAGGUUCUUCAUAAAGCCCAGUUCCGUCAGUAAACUCACUAAACUCGCUCCACUUGGCGACGAGGACGAGGACGUAGCCCGAGAGAGACAGAAGAUCGUCCACGGCCUCGGACGAGGAGACAUCCUGGAGCUGCGUCAGCUCACAAAGGUGUUCAAGAGGAAACAGAAACCGGCUGUGGAUCGACUCUGUGUCGGGAUUCCACCUGGAGAGUGUUUCGGUCUCCUCGGUGUGAACGGAGCUGGGAAGACGACCACCUUUAAGAUGCUCACAGGAGACACGGUAGUGACGAGUGGAGAGGCGUUCCUGGCUGGGAAGAGUAUCCUGAGGGAGAUCGAUGAGGUCCAUCAGAACAUUGGUUACUGUCCUCAGUUUGACGCCAUCAACGAGCUGCUGACUGGAAGAGAACAUCUGGAGCUGUACGCCGUCCUGAGGGGCGUCCCCGAGGAGGAAGUCUGUGAUAUGGCGGACUGGGGGAUCAGGAAGUUGGGUCUUCUGAAAUACGCUGACAAAGCAGCAGGAAGUUACAGCGGAGGCAACAUGAGGAAACUGUCCACAGCCGUGUCCCUGAUCGGAGCGCCGCCUGUCGUCUUCCUGGACGAGCCCACAACCGGCAUGGACCCCAAAGCUCGCCGGGCGCUGUGGAACUGCAUCCACAGCAUCAUCAAGGAGGGACGCUCGGUCGUCCUCACCUCACACAGUAUGGAGGAGUGUGAGGCUCUCUGUACCAGGAUGGCCAUCAUGGUGAACGGCAGGUUCAGAUGUCUCGGCAGCGUCCAACACCUGAAGAACAGGUUCGGUGACGGCUACACCAUCAUCCUGCGGGUGGCGGGGCCCAGCCCUGACCUGCUGCCUGUCAUGAAGUUCAUUGAGAGCGAGCUGAGCGGCAGCACGCUGAAGGAGAAACAUCGCAACAUGCUGCAGUACCAGCUGCCGUCAUCGCUCACCUCGCUCGCUCACAUCUUCUCCAUCCUCGCCAAGAACAAAGAGACGCUGACGAUCGAGGACUACUCCGUCACUCAGACCACGCUCGACCAGGUGUUUGUGAACUUUGCAAAGGACCAGAGCGACGACUAUCACUCCAAAGACUCCGUGAGACGAAAAGACGUUUCCAUCGAGGUCCCGACGCUGAGCUCCGCCCCCGGAGCAGCAGAGGGCUGCGAUGCUCUGAGAGAGAGUGUCAUGUGACCACGUGAUGUCAGGAGGCUGGAGCUUCAGCCUGGCCUCAACCCCCCCCCCCAACCUGUUGUGAUGUCAUACUGAUUUGUAGUGGGCGGAGUCACUGCUUCCUCAUGCCAUUCAAUGCAAAUAAUUUCCUGUGGAGCCGCUGUGCUGCUCGCCAGCCAUCGACCAGACUGUUAUAAACCUGGAAUGUGUUCCAGCUCAGACGUUUUCUUCUUUGUGGGACUGAAGCUGCGCCUCGAACGACCUCAUCAGGUCUUUUUUUAUCCUCAACUUACGAUGAAGAAUCCAAAUCAUUUCAAACGGCCGCUGGCUCAACUGAAAAAAUCACAUUUUAAAAAACGUGUAUGAUUUCAAUUUAACUGACAGACUUUUAUUUAUAAGUGUAGCUGUAAUUUGAUGUUUUAAUAGUCCAAGUGGCAUUACUGCUUCCUGUAGUGUUUAAUAGCCAAUCAGAGUGCUUGACACAGACGAGAGCAAGAGUUGAUUGAUUUUGUAGUUUUUUAAGAAAUGAUGAUAAACGGGCAGAUUUGUUCAUCCGGGUGUGAAAUGGUGAAAUACCUCAUCAGCUCCUCAAAGCACCACAGUAUCAAUAAGUAUUUCUCGAUCUGUAUUGAGCACAGAUCACUGAUCCCUCAUGUUUCGUUUUGACCAGCAGGGGGCGACACUGAAUCAUUCAGUCUUCAGCACUUUGUGAUUGCACUGAGCUCGUCGUCACAUGGUUCAUGUUUACUUCAAGUAACAGCAAAGGCUGAUGGGGGGGGGGAACUGUUACUGACCCUGAAAAAAAUAAAAUGAAACAAAUCUA